GUGUGUGAGGGAGGGGGUGUGUGAGGGGGUUUGUGAGGGAGGGGGUCGCCGGGAGCCGCCGCCGCUGUUGGUGACACGAUGUGCGGAAUCUUUGCAUAUCUGAACUAUAAAGUCCCUCGCACCAGAAAGGAGAUCUUUGAGACCCUUAUUAAAGGACUGCAGAGGCUUGAAUACAGAGGGUACGAUUCAGCAGGAAUAGCAGUUGAUGGAGACUGCGACAAAGACUGUGAGAAGGAUGGGCACAUUGUCCUUUUCAGGAACCAGGGGAAAGUGAAGGGGCUGGAGGAAGAGCUGCAGAAACAAGAGGAGUUGGAUGUAGAAAAGGAAUUUGAAAGCCACUUUGGGAUUGCUCACACUCGCUGGGCUACUCACGGAGUGCCAAAUGCAGUGAACAGUCAUCCGCAUCGUUCUGAUAAAAGCAAUGAAUUUGUAGUCGUUCACAAUGGAAUUAUUACGAACUACAAUGAUCUUAAGAAGUUUCUGGAAAGUAAAGGCUACGAGUUUGAAUCUGAAACUGACACCGAGGUGAUUCCUAAACUGAUCAAGUAUGUGUACGACAACGAAGAAUAUGAAGACAUUGGGUUUUCAACUUUAGUGAAAAGGGUCAUUGAGCAACUGGAAGGAGCAUUUGCACUCGUCUUCAAGAGCAGUCACUUCCCAGGUGAAGCCAUCGCCACUAGACGAGGCAGCCCACUGCUGAUUGGCGUUCACAGCAAGCACAAACUCUCUACUGACCAGAUUCCAAUCCUGUACCAAACACGUAAUAAUACAAAUGCUUGUAAGAAGACGAGGAAAAUUGAAACUGAAAGCUCCACAUGUUUGUACCCCAUCGGAGAAGAAAAGACUGUUGAAUUCUACUUUGCUUCUGAUGCUAGCGCGGUCAUUGAGCACACAAACCAGGUCAUCUUCCUGGAAGACGAUGAUGUCGCUGCAGUGGCUGAGGGUCAGCUUUCCAUUCACCGAGUGGAACGAUCAGUAGGAGGGGUGACCUCGAGAGCCAUACAGACUCUCCAGAUGGAGUUGCAGCAAAUUAUGAAAGGUAACUUCAAGGCUUUCAUGCAGAAAGAAAUCUUUGAGCAGCCGGAAUCUGUUUUUAAUACAAUGCGAGGAAGAGUGAAUUUCCAGAGUAACCGAGUUCUCCUGGGUGGUUUGAAAGAUCACCUGAAGGAAAUCAAAAGAUGCAGACGCUUGAUAUUAAUUGGUUGUGGGACCAGUUAUCACGCUGGAAUGGCAACACGGCAAGUCCUGGAAGAGCUGACGGAACUCCCAGUAAUGGUUGAACUUGCAAGCGAUUUCCUCGAUCGAAGCACUCCUGUUUUCAGAGACGACGUCUGCUUUUUUAUCAGCCAGUCAGGUGAAACUGCAGAUACCCUCAUGGCCCUGAGAUACUGCAAGAGUCGUGGUGCGUUGUCUGUUGGUGUUACAAACACAGUUGGAAGCUCCAUUUCACGAGAAACCGAUUGUGGAGUGCACAUUAAUGCAGGACCCGAAAUUGGAGUGGCAAGCACAAAGGCCUACACCAGCCAGUUUGUUUCCUUAAUCAUGUUUGGCCUCAUGAUGUCUGAGGAUCGUAUCUCGAUGCAACAGCGGAGAAAGGAGAUCAUCUGUGGCCUGCAUUCCCUACCAGACCUUAUUAAGGAAGUUCUGUCCCUGGAUGAAAAGAUUCAGCAACUGGCCCAUGAGCUGUUCCAGCAUAAAUCCCUCCUGGUUAUGGGACGUGGUUACCAUUACGCCACAUGCCUAGAAGGAGCGUUAAAAAUCAAAGAAAUCACUUACAUGCAUUCUGAGGGGAUCUUGGCUGGAGAGCUGAAACAUGGCCCUUUGGCUUUAAUUGAUAAGCUAAUGCCAGUUAUAAUGGUGGUCAUGAGGGACCCUUGCUACAACAAGUGUCAGAAUGCUCUACAACAAGUCACUGCCCGACAGGGCCGUCCAAUAAUACUCUGUUCGAAGGAUGAUCAGGAGAGUAUGAAAUUUGCGUACAAGACCAUUGCGAUUCCACAUUCAGUUGACUGCUUACAGGGUAUCCUCAGCGUCAUUCCUCUUCAGCUUCUUUCCUUUCACUUGGCUGUCCUUCGAGGAUAUGAUGUUGACUUCCCUCGAAACCUAGCCAAGUCCGUUACUGUUGAGUGAAACAGCUGAACAGCCCAAGCAUUGAAGACCAAUUUUUUUUAAAAGUUUGGUCAGUUUAUCUUUGCUUUGUGGUGUUGGUGUUUACCGAAUGUGAAGCGUACAACUUGAUGCCGAUCCUGUGUAAUUGGGACCGUGUGAAUUGAUAUCAAUUGUGAGAAUUGCAGAUGUGCUUUAAAAUCAUUAGUUUGUAGUAAUGUGAAUGCUAUAAAGUGCCUCAUUGUAUGUUCUCGGUGGAGACUACAACUCAUUCAUGUAGCUGCCUUGUUUUGAAAGUUGGGAGGAAACAUGUUUACAGAUGCUGCAUAGAAUGAAUCCAUACACUGUGCAAUAUUUACAGCUUGACGCAGAGAUGCACAUGUAAGAUUUUUAAAUCUUGUCGUACUUUUCUAUAUUAUACGUGGCUUUUUAGAUUAUUUAUGACUGCAUUAAUUUUUAUGUUUGUCAAAGGUGUCCUUAGUGAUUGUGCUUGCUGAGACUGUACUUUACACCAAUGUAUUUUUAUUUAUGUAGCGGCAAUUUAAACAAAAUUGAGUUUGUAAGUAAAGUAUGAAGGGACUGUUUUGCAACUCAUUUCAUUAUCAUACAUGAGGAAUUUUUAAAUUGCUAAUGCUAUGUAAGAGCCAAAUUAUUAAAAUAUAUAUGAUGCAUUAUA